AUGGCAGAGGCACAGGAAUGGGAACGCAGUCAAAUCACCGCUUGCCAAUGGCCCAAACUAACGAUGACGCAGGUAGAGAUUUCUGGUGUGAUUUGUAAACAGAAAAACAUCGCCCUUACGUUCAUUGCGCCAUGCGAAAAUUAUUAUUCCAAGCCUGUCAUGUUUUGGCGCGUCCAGGAAACUAAUCACAAGCCGUUUCGUCUGGCCAGGAAUGCAAGCAGACUAAAGCCUGCCCAGUUUGCCAAAAAAACAAGGUGCACAGACACAUCAAAGCUCCUAUUGGUUGUUUCCGAUAGAUUCAACCACAUCCACAUGGACAUUGUUUGCCCUCUUCUGCCUUCUAAGGAAUACCGCUAA